AUGGAUGAAGAUGAGAAGGACAGGGCAAAGAGGGCAUCACGCAACAAAUCUGAAAAGAAGAGGAGAGACCAAUUCAAUGUCCUCAUUAAAGAGCUUUGCACGAUGCUGCAGGGCCACGGCCACCCUCUCAAGAUGGACAAGUCCACAAUACUGCAGAGGACCAUCGACUUCUUACAGAAACAGAAAGAAAUCACAGCACAGACAGAAGCCUGUGAGAUUAGACAAGACUGGAAGCCUUCAUUUCUUAGCAACGAGGAGUUCACCCAGUUGAUGUUAGAGGCACUAGAUGGCUUUCUCAUUGCUCUUACCACUGAUGGGAUUAUUAUUUAUGUAUCUGAUAGUGUCUCAUCUCUGCUUGGACACUUACCGUCAGAUUUGGUGGACCAAAAUAUAUUAAACUUUCUGCCUGAGCGGGAGCAGAGCGAGGUGUACAAGCUCCUUUCUCCACAUCUGCUCAUGACAGAUCCUGUUGCAGCUGAUUUCCUAAACGCGGAAAAACAAAUAGAGUUUUGCUGCCAUUUAGCAAGAGGCAGCUUAGAUCCAAAUGAACCCCUGAUGUAUGAAUAUGUGAAAUUUGUAGUGGAUUUUAAAUAUUUUACUCAUGUGCCUACACCCUCCUGUAAUGGCUUUGAGUCAGCUAUUGCACGAGCUUUCAGGUCAGCCACGGAGGAGCAGAUUUGCCUCGUAGCAACUGUUCGUCUUGUCACACCUCAGUUCUUAAAGGAGCUCUGCAAUGUUGAAGAGCCGUGUGAAGAAUUUACAUCGAGGCAUAGUUUGGAAUGGAAGUUUUUAUUCUUGGACCACAGGGCUCCGCCUAUUAUAGGAUAUUUACCCUUUGAGGUUCUGGGAACGUCAGGGUAUGAUUACUACCACGCAGAUGACCUGGAGCUUCUUGCUAGGUGCCAUGAACACUUGAUGCAGUUUGGAAAAGGAAAGUCCUGUUACUAUCGGUUCCUGACCAAAGGGCAGCAGUGGAUAUGGCUGCAGACACACUACUACAUCACCUACCACCAGUGGAAUUCCAAACCCGAGUUCAUCGUUUGCACGCACCUGGUAGUUAGUUAUGCAGAAGUUCGAGCUGAAAGAAGGCGAGAUCUUGGCCUUGAAGAGUCAUCAAUUGAACUGGCAUCCUCUUCUCUAAAGAGCCACAGCAGCUACCUGGACGUGGGGCAGAAAAAAAACGCCAGCCGGGAGGGAGUGUCGUUGUCGUCCCACAGCUCCCGGCGCUCCUCGCACACCGCCCUCUCCGACUCCGCCUCCACGUCGUCCAUGCGACACACGGACACCAGCACACCCACCCGGCCGUCGGUGCCAGGGGGGCAGGUGGAGAAGGCAGCCCUACGGCUGGCAUCGGCUGGAAGCGCUCAGGUCGUGUACCAUUUUCCGACCCAGCUGGGGAUGAUGCAUCAGCUGAAAGAGCAGCUGGAGGAGAGGACACGCAUACUGCAAGCUGACAUCAAGACGCAGCAAGAAGAGCUCCACGUCAUCAAGGAGCAGCUCCAGCUAGUGCAGGACUCCAACCUGCAGAUGCUGAUGCAGCAGCCGAUCCCUGUCGUCUUUAACAACGUGCAGCACCCGAGCCCCAGGAGGCCGCCGCCGCCAGGGACACCCAGGCAGGCCACAGCCAAGAAGUCACAACAGCAAGGCCUUGUGGGGACGAAGCACUACUGCGGCACCCACCUGCCGUCACCACGCCAAUUCCUCAGGGACCCCUGCGGCACGGCCACCCAGGUGCAUCCCAUUACGGUGGCUGCACAGAUGCCGACUGACGGCAGCGAAAGGCAACCGCAGUCUGACUACAGCCAGGACAGGAGCCUCAGGAUGCUGUUGGAUCAGUCCAUCCAAGCCAUGAUGCCCGCCGCCAACGGCAGUGGCCAGUCCACGCAGAGCAGUGCCAGCAGGCAGCAAGGAAAAUUCGUUGCAGAGCAGCAGAUCUUGCCUCCCCCAAUACAGAUGCAACCAAUUACCUGUAGCACUGUCCGACCUCCGGCCCCAUCGCCCGUUUUCUCCCCAUCUCUGAUGAUCCCGCACACCAGCUUCACAUCCCACCAGGGAAACGCACCGGUUCAUCUCCACCAGUGGCCACAGCAACAGGUUCAGAAAAAACGUCUCUACCUUCAGAUGCAAGGUCCUGAGCCGGUGCCUGGGGGUCCGACGCAGCGCAUUUUCCAGCCCCCCCACCCUCCGCAGCAGAACCCCCUGAGCUACUUCCUC